CAUGGCAGAAUCAUUUACUCAGGCCCUGAAACGUAUAGUUCGAUCAUGAGGAUCAUAAAUCUAGGAAAGGAUCCUAUCUCUUCAUCGCUAAAAUUCUCUCCAGACCACGUAAAAUGACAAGGACACGAAAACGGACCCACGAGCAAAGUUCAGCAGCAAACGAGGAUGGUAUACUGAACAAUAUCUUACCAACAUUCAUACAGCGAACGUUAUCAACCUAUGUUUCGCAUUUCUUAUGCCAUGCAAGGGCGCCCAUGUGCAUGACUCCCACUCCAUUCUUGUAAAAGCCUCUUUGUGUAAAGCCUCAACCCUUGCUUACAACAAGCAAAUCAACGGCUUGUUCCAACAUUCUUCAUUGAAUUUAAGCCUAUACGGUCCCUAUGUCCGAAACGGCAAGAGAUUGGGUCAUGGGCUUCCCGCGCAUCCAUACGUCAGCUUGCUGUGCCAGCAAUGGACUGAGUACUUAAGCUACUGGGACGCCAUCCAAUCAUGUCUUAUGAUUCCUCAAGGCAUUAUGUGGAUCAGAGGACCCGGGGAUUGAAUGUUGUUGCACUAAAGUUACAAGCUACACGUUCUGCACAAGUGCGGAGGCCGCCCUUGAAAGCCAGGGAGGCGAUGGUGUUCAAUUGUCAUCAAGCUGCUGCGUCCAUAGCUCCUUCUGCAGCGGAUGUUUUUGAGGAGGAUGCCACACGCUUCUUUGCUACGUUGCGUACCAUGGCAGUGCCGGGCGCUGGUGAUCUGCUCACCGUGGGCGGCAGCGAUGUGUCUUUCCCACUGCAUGGGAGAAACAGUCAGCUCUAUGUGCGGGAGUGCUAUCCUGACCUCUUCACGGUUCUCUCUGAGUCGAAGAAUAAUAAGCAUGUUGUUACUGGGACAAUUGGGAUUGGUAAGAGCUUCUCCUUCUACUACUUGCUAUUGCGGCUGCUGCACAGCCCGUCGCCACCACCCUUUAUCCUUUGGGAGCACCACACAAGGCCUGGCAUAGUGUGGUGCUACACGCAUGAGACGGGCGAGGUCCGGGUCGGCAACAACAUAGCCUUCAGACAGCAGUUUCGCAAUCGUGAUAGCUGGUACUUUGCACAUGGGGUGAAGCCCGACACCACCUCUGCAGCGCAGACGGUGCUGUUAACUUCACCCGUGCAUGCUACGAUCAAGGAGAUGAGGACAGAGGGCGCGAAGAUGCUGUACAUGCCUCGCUGGGAGUAUGAGGAGCUGCUUGACUGCCACAGCAAGAUGUAUGACAGAGUGCCGAAGGACACCGUGGAGGAACUUUAUUGUUACUAUGGCGGCGUGGUACGAUACGUGCUGCAGCAUCCGUCGCUGCACCCCGACCUGGAGCUGCCUGCGCUUCUGGAGCCGCUUUUCAGUGCGAUUCGUGCUUGCGACUCCGCGCAGCUCAUACGGGCGCAAAAGUCCAUUGAUGCUAUCGAGAAGGAAUCUAAUGCCUUCCAUCACCUGAUUCAUAUCGUGGCGGAUGACAACUUCCAGAGAACGGACCUCACUUUCGCCUCCAAAAUGGCGUGUUCGAAGUUUCUCGGACACAAUUUUCCAAAUUUAAGUAAGAGAUGGGUCCCCGUGCCUUCAUCGCCGCAUUCAAGGCGCUUUCUGACCUGUGCAACGCUGCUGCUGCUCCACUUGCUGCUACUGCCACAAUUGCAACUGCUGAGUGGGCUCAACGUGUCCAAGUGGCGGGAAGUGAAAGGGGAGGCCCACAUGGCCGUGUCCAUAACGGGGCCCACCUGGGGAUGUUGGUUUAGGUGGUUGGGAGUUUUGAUGGUUUGGAUCGUCGAGGGCUUUGGUGUUGAGGGAAGUGGUAAGGGCUAG